AUGGAAGGCCCAGGGGAUUUCAUUCAUCUUGUGUUCUUUAUUGUGCAAUGGGACCACACAGUGCAUAGACCCCUGCCAUUUGGCCUGCAUCUAACUGUUACUGCCAUGGCCGAAAACAAGCCCGUGAUUUCGGGGCCCGCAGCCCAGUACUUCACCCACGAUUCGACCAUCGGUUUAGUUUUGCCAUCGCUGGGUUUUGAUGAGGAGCCCCCUGAGCGGUACCACUUCCUCAACACACUGGGCGGAUCCUUACGGUGCCGGGGACACGGUUUAGUUUUGCCAUCCCUGGGUUUUGAUGAGGAGCCCCCUGAGCGGUACCACUUCCUCAACACACUGGGCGGAUCCUUACGGUGCCGGGGACACGGUUCGCCUUCGCCCUCACUCUGGUGGAUCCACGCGGACGACCUGAACGGCUCUUCCUCAUCGGCGUCGUGGGCGGGCAGCGUCGGCAUCAUGAUGUCCACUCCGGCGGCGCUGUCCGAAGUGCCCGGCCUGCGGCACACGAGCGCCGACGGAUCGACGCUCCUCUUCCCAGCUUUCGGGGCCUCGGAGUUCCGCGCUCACGUCCAUUCGACAUCGUACCGCUGCGUACUCAGCAACGCACUCGGAAAGAUGGCUAGCCGCACCGUCAGGGUACGAGCAGUGAUCCAGCAAGAGUAUGAGGUGAACGUGCACGACGGCUUUGCCACAAGAGGGAGCACGGCCGUGCUGACAUGCCAGAUUCAGCCAGCGGCGGCCAAGGACUACACGAGUGUGCUAUCAUGGCUCAGAGAUGACAAGUACCUCAUCACUUCCGAAAGUCAGACGCAAGGGAAGUAUGCGCUAUACCCGAGUGGAGAACUUUACAUCCACGACGUAGACGAAAGAGACGCCGAGCGCUCCUAUCGGUGCCAAGUACUGGACCACACCACGAACGCUACGAAAGCAAACACGAGGCCUGCCAGAAUCAUACUUCAAGGUCCCCGAAAGUCCGAGGCUCCACGCGUGAUUUCUUGGACGAAGGAAGUGACGGUUGAAGAAGGCCAGCUAGCGACGCUCAGCUGCGCGGCACGUGGGAUGCCACUGCCAGCUUACCACUGGUUUCGCCAGUCCGGCGCAGACAUGAGGCCCCUGCUGGGCGCGCCAGCGCGCGGAUCUCAAUCAUCGUCCACAGGUGGCAGUCACCAGCAGGGACAUGCGUCGUCGUCUAGAGGCACCCUGUCACUCGGGCCUGCACACGUUCAAGACGCGGGUCGCUACGUGUGCCUUGUGAACAACACCUACGGCGAGGACAGAGUCUACGUGACUGUUAACGUCAGAGGCUCACCACUCGUGAGCGUGCAGCCCCGAUUUCAGCGAGUUCCUCUGGGAGCAUCCGUGACGUUGACUUGCAACGCCACCGGUGGCGGCGCUGGCGUGUUGGCGCGAGAGCUUCACUGGUACCGCAACCUGGUGCCCGUCCAGCCAUCGGCUGCGGACAGGGUGCGCUUGUUGGGCUCCUCUGUGCUACAGCUGAGCUCGGUCAAAGACGGACAGGAAGGCAUCUACCAGUGCCUGCUCGACAGCUCGCGGGAGUCGGCACAGGCGUCUGCGUUCGUCUUACUCAUGGUAACCAAGCCCGAACUGACUGUGACCUUCGCCGAGCAAAACACGUACCCGGGCAGCUUCGUGUCGCUCAAGUGCGCAGCGCGAGGUCAUCCGAUGCCCCGCGUGACGUGGACUCUGGACAGCGGGCCCGUGCCGUCGUCGCGGCGCGUGCUGCGAGGAGACUUCGUCACCGAGGACCACGUGGUGCACAGCUUCGUCAACCUGACGUCGGCCAACGUGACGCACGGCGGAGAGUACGCCUGCCAGGCCGAAAACGAGGCCGGCCGCGUCGCUCACUCGGCCUGGCUGAACGUGCUCGGCCCGCCGACGCCGCUACCGCCACGGAACCUCACCGUGCUCUCGGGCGAGACGCUAAGCCUCGCGUGCCCCGUCAAGGGACAUCCUUUCGCCUCCUUCACCUGGUACAAAGGAACACACGCGAAUCGGACUCUCGUCGAUGGCCAGCGAUACCGGAUGAAUAGCCAUGGACGUUUAACCAUCCAUGAUGUCGAUCGGAAAACUGAUGAUGGUGUCGUCGUGUGCUCGGCCACCAGUCCCGACGGUCGCACAGCUGAAGCACAAGUCAACCUCCACGUCGCAGUUCCCCCAACGAUCGCCCCGUUCUCGUUUCCCUCUUCGGUACGCGAGGGUGAACGAGCGAGUGCCCACUGCUUCGUCUCGUCGGGCGAUCGGCCGGUGUCGCUGUGGUGGCUCAAGGAUGGCCAUCCUCUACAACCAGGCCUUCUGGACGUCAAGCCGCAGCUCAUGAACGAGUUUCUUUCGGUUCUCUACUUCGAAAGCAUCGCCGAAGAGCACAACGGUUCCUACACAUGCGUUGCCAGCAACCCGUACGCUCGCACAAACGCCUCUGCUCAGCUGGUCGUGCAAGUGGCCCCCAAGUGGGUGUACACGCCAUCUAGCACCAACGCCCUGAAAGGAAGCACCAUGCGAUUUGACUGCCAGGCUGAUGGCUUCCCAACGCCAGUGAUCCGCUGGAAGAUGUCAACAGGAGGCGUCUCCAGCAGUUUUGUCACCAUACGGAGCAACGCCAAGCUGCAAGUGCUGGAAAACGGCUCGCUCGUCCUGCAACACGUGGAUGCUUCCGACGCAGGCAUCUACCUUUGUCAAGCCACCAAUGGAGUGGGUCCUGAGCUCACGCACGAGGCGAAAUUAACCGUUUCCGUCCCCGCCACCUUCAUCACCAGUUCCAUGUCGGUGACGUCUCGUAAGGGAGACAAAGUGCACCUGCAGUGUGACUCCAUCGGCGACCCUCCACUCACCAUCACGUGGUACCGUGACAACGUGCUUCUCGACAUGGACAGACACCCGAGGUACACCUUGAAUGAUCAUGAACGGGAGGAUGGCAUGGCGUCUCAGCUAUUGCUCCGUGAUGUCAGGACAAAUGACACUGGAACUUAUGCAUGCAAAGUAGCCAACAGCCAUGGCAAGGACGAAAUGUUCAUCAAGCUAACAGUGCAAGAGGCACCCUCUCCACCAACAAAUGUUCACGUGAGCCACCUAGCGAGCCGCUCUGUUUCCAUACGUUGGAGCGUACCUUUCGAUGGAAAUUCACCGAUCACCCAAUACGACUUCAAGAUACACUCUUCAAGAGAUGGCACUUCGCGCGUGAUUCCAAUUCCUGGAACACAGCUGGAAAUGACACUGGACAGCCUGAGCCCAAACUCUGCCUACAGGGUUGAAGUAGUCGCUGUCAACGGUAUUGGCACUGGCAAUCCGAGCGAGCCUCUGUUUUUCACCACCGACACAGAAGCACCAUCAGCGAAGCCCGUCGACUUGAAGGUCAUUCCACUCAACGCAACCAGCCUUCGUGUUACUUGGAAGAUGCUGCCAGGUGACAGCAAAAUUGCUGGCUACUAUGUUGGAUACAAAGCAGAAGCCGAUGGUCGCGCUGAAUCUUUUGUCUACAAGACAGUUGAGUCUCGCCCAGGCAAGACCCAAGAAUGCGACAUCAAGGAUCUACGUCCUGGUACGAAGUACACGGUAGUCGUUCAGGCGUACAACGGAAAGGGACCAGGGCCAACGUCUGACGAGACUGUGGGAGAAACUCCAACAUCAGACAUUGCUUCACUUUUUCGCGUGACCGUCAACUACACGUCAUCAACAGAACUACGCAUCAUUUGGCAUGACGUCAUCGGACCACGGCACGGCUACAAGCUCUUUAUUCGACCGAAUAUAAGUGACUGGGAAGUAUACAAGGUGGCAGGCACAACGAAUGGCUACACUUUCAGCAACCUGCGCUGUGGGACGCGUUAUGAAAUCUACGUCGAAGCACUUGGUGAGAGUAGACCUCGAAUGACGUCCAUAAUCACAGCCAGCACUAAAGGCUCCGUACCAGUGGCACCCGCACACCAACAGCCGCUGCUGGUGGAUAGCGAGAACGUGCCUCUAGACCUGGAAGCCUUCGGGGACGGAGGCUGCCCGAUCGGCCACUACGUGGUCAAGUACCGCGCUCUGGACGACGCCGAGUGGACCGUCGUGUCCAAGGAGGGCAGCAAAGGUCACGUCGUGGCGCUGAACAACCUCGAGAGAGGACGGCGCUACAAACUCCUCCUCGGUGCGGCCAACUCAGCGGGCUACACCGAGCGCCUGUACGACAUGCACGUGGCACCAGCCGCCAGCAAAGGUGUGUCUGAGACUUCGACAAGUGCGGCGUCUCAGCAAGAGAUGCACCGCAAACUGGCCGUGGUAACUUCCAUCGUGUGUUCGGUGGUUGUGCUGAUCGUCAUCAUUGUAGCCGCCUGCGUGGAGCUGGGAAGAAGGAGAAGAAGAGAGCGCACCGAUGCAGCCGCCUCAGAAAUAUACGCCGAACCGCGCUUGAAACCCGCUUCAAAAUGCGAGGAGGUCGCGCUGGCCACCUGGGACAAGCAAAAGGAGCCGCUACCAACACCAGCGCGCAACGGCGAACUGCCCCAUGCAGCACAGCAACAGCAGUUGCAGCAGGAGCAGUUGUAUGCCCCGUGCCCGUACGGCACUUCGUCGGGAGGUUGCGGCAAGCACGUAACCGAAGGCACCCUGGGAAGGCGGCAGCACACGAGGGCAGAGAUUGUCGAGGAAUUCUACGAUAUGCCUUUGCCGCCGGUGAGUGAAAGAGAUCAUUGA